AUGUUGCAUCGACACGUUUGCUUGUGCGUGUUAACAUCGCUUAUUUCGAGUGGAUGUAGCAGUUCCCCGCCAUCAGCCAGUGAACGACUGGAGAAAGAUGUCAGUGUUAACAAGCUCUCGCACGACCAACACCAUCAACGUUGGCAACAAAAUGUGAAAGUGAAAGAACCAAGAUUGUUUGAUCGACUGCCUUACAAUGUCGAAACCUCGUACACACCGCCGCAGGUGAUCAGGCAUCGGGGCUACCCUGUUGAAAUUCAUCACGUAACCACCGACGAUGGGUACAUAUUGGAGCUCCAUCGAAUUCCAGCCAAACCGUCGCUGGACGGCACUCCUAGAAAGGCCGUUUUAUUUCAACACGGAGUCCUCCAAGCGUCCGGCUCUUGGCUAACCAAUUUUCCUAACCGAACACUCCCGCUAUUAUUGGCAGAUAAGUCUUAUGACGUGUGGCUAGGCAAUUUCAGGGGCAACCGUUAUUCAAGGAGACACGUCACACUCAGUCCCAAACAAACAGAUUUUUGGAGAUUCAGCUGGGAUGAAAUUGGCAAUUUCGAUAUCCCAGCCAUGAUUAAUUAUAUCCUGUCUGUGACGGGCCUUCCAACUAUAUCUUACAUCGGCCACUCGUUGGGAUGUGGGGUGUUCUUCAUCGCUAUGGUCAAACAUCCGGAACUCAACGCUAAAAUCGACGCUAUGAUUGCCCUCGCACCGCUUUCGUCUUUCGCUCAUUCCAGUACGUUAGUGUUUCGAAUUUUGGCCACGUUCGGCAAAGCAAUUGAAACUAUUCUCAGGGCGACUGGAACUUGGGGAUGGCUAGACAGCGCAGGAAAGGGCCAUUACUUAGAACAACUGUUGUGCGCUCAAACUUAUCGUCAAGCGAAACGUUGCAGAAAGAUCUUAAACAUAUUGUCAGGAUGGAACCCAGACAACAUGCUUCCGGAAGUCGUACCAAUGGCGUUAGCCAAUAGCCAGCAAGGGACAUCCGUACCUGUGCUAGCUCAAUUUGCACAAAAUUUCAAAGCAGGGGAAACGUUUCAGACCUAUGAUUAUGGAGCUAAAGGUAACAGGAUACGAUACGGAACGAAAAAGCCGUUGGAAUACGACCUUAAAAAAGUUACGGCGCCGGUGUACGUCUAUUCAGGGGGAAACGAUCGUGUUGUGACGCCAAGGGAUGCGAACUGGCUUCUACCUCGACUAGGAAAUUUAAAACGAUCUGUUCGCAUUGAAAGUUACAACCACGCGGAUUACCUCUGGGGAACGGACGUCAACGAAGUGCUCCAUAACAGCCUCAUGGCUGAUUUACCGCCACCGUGA